GAGGGAAGUGGCGGCGGUGGCCAGGAGGAGCCCCGUCGCCGCCGGAACAGCUGCACACGCCGAGGGGAACCGAACGAGGCCUCGUACGCGUACUAAAUUUAGACGGCCCCGCCGGAGUAGUUGGACGUGUAACGACGACUACGGCGACGACGACGACGACGACGACGGCGACGGUAACGGCAACGGCGACAGCGACAGCGCGCGCAGUCAGUGACGUUACGGGGAUCCCUUCUGGUGCACACACGGUCCGCGGUCCGCUCAUUCGCUACGUCUCGUCGAAAUAAUAAUAAUAGUAAUAAUAAAACACAACGCACCGCGCGCACCGCAGCACGUUCGGUCACUCUAGCUAUAUAUUAUUAUUAUUUUCGUCACUCACUCGAGCACACGCGCGCCACUGCACCACACGUUGUCACGCGAACAUGUCGUCCGGGUGCUAGUCAUCAUCGCUGUUUGCUCGUUUGUUUGUUUGUUUGUUUGGUUUGUUUUUUUUUUUUGAAAAAUAAAUUUUUCUAUUUUAAUUUUUAUUUCAAAAGUUUUAUCUCGUUACGCGAAUUUUUUUUUCAACCCCGAUCAUUUUUCGCCUCGUUUCGUUCGUCCCAAUAAUUAUUAUUAAUACGCGCUGACGACCGUCUUAUCACAUUACAUUAUUUCUUCCUCGUGGUGUCGCAUAAUAUUUAUUGUGAUUAAUACCAUCUUCGCGUCAGCUCCUCAUAAUACCAUAACAUACGUACAAUAACUUUUGUCGUUGAUCGUCAUGUUGAUGUCUGGUGCAAUGACCAAUCCGGACACUAGCCUGUUGGGUACGGCCGAGGGUCUGGUCGGUAGCCUGGCCAGUCUGACCGCGGUACCCGGUACCGGAGGCGGCGGUGGUGGUGGCCAGCAAAAGGACACCACGUGGACCAAGCUGUUUGUAGGCGGACUUCCGUACCACACCACCGACAAGUCGCUAAGGGAUCACUUCGCGGUGUACGGCGACAUCGAAGAGGCAGUCGUCAUCACGGACAGACAGUCCGGCAAGAGCAGGGGCUACGGAUUUGUGAUUAUGGGCGACAGACCGGCGGCCGAGAGGGCGUGCAAAGAACCGAACCCAAUCAUCGACGGGCGGAAGGCCAACGUCAACUUGGCCAUACUUGGAGCAAAACCUCGAGGAAAUUUACAGCCAGCAUUUGCUUUUCCGAGUAUAAGAGCUGGAUACUCGGCUGUGAUACCUAGCCAAUUUGGGGUGCAGCCAAGCUACCUGUACCAAGCUGGUCAAGCGGCCAGCGCGGCGUACUUAGGUGGAGGUGGUGUUAUGCCACUUGCCCCAACGCACGCCGCGGCAAUGGCCGCGGCCACGUCGCAGUUCUACGAGUACCAGAACGCCGCCGCGGCCGCAGCAGCCGCAGCGGCCCUGUCGUCCUAUCCGUCGCAGUACGCCGCCGCAGCUGCGGCGGCUGCAUCGUUUGACCCGUACACAUCAGCAGCCGCAGGGGUCGCCAACUACGGCACGCCGUACUCCUACGCGGCACUGCCCAGCAGCACUGCCGGUCUGCCGACAGCGGCAAGCUCGGCCAGCGCUUUCACCGGCCUGUCUCCGUACACCGCGGCCGCAGCCCAACAAGCGGCGUCGCUGCAAGAAGCACGGUUACAGUAGCAUUGUCAAUUCAAAGCAGCCCGUGCCCUCCGUCCUAGAUUACGAAUUUUUCAGAGUCAGGGACAUCGGUAGUGUGUCGUCGUCGUCGUCGUCUUCGACAGGCAAACAAAAACAAAAAAAAAAAAAAAUUUAUUAAAUAAAACUUAGGAGUACGCUCGAUUAUUAAAUAACAUAACACUAAUAUUAAUUGUAAAAUAAUAUAAUAUAUCAUAUAUCAUAUUAUAUAUAUAAUAUAUAGAAAAAAAAAAACGAAAAAAAAACUAAAUCGUUGUCAAAAACGAAAUUGUCCACAGCUUACCAAAAAAAUUUUAUUAUUAUUUAAUAAUAAUAAAAAAACCUUAGACUAUAAGUAUAUUAUAUUAUAUAGAUAAUAAUUAUUGUAAUAAUAUAAAUUGUCAUGUAGUGUUUAGGUAGUGGCCGUCGUCGUGGUCAAUGCCCGCGGUAUAAUAUGUGAAUUAAAAAUUGAAACUGAAACGCGCGCACUUAAGCUUUUCGUCCAUAUUUGGUUUGUGGACGAUGGUGUCGAUCACUUAUUUUACUAUUGUAUAUAAUAAUAUACUACGUACUAUAUAAAAGUGAUGAAUAUAAUAAUCAGCCACGUAUCAAUGUACCUACUAUGUUUGUGUUUUUCGAUCAAUCGAUCUUCGCCCUUCGGAAAAAAUCGAAACCUACAAACGCGGCUGUUUGAAAUUACAUUUUAUACAUCGAUACCGACCGUUACCAAUUUACUAUCGUAACCGACGCAAAAUAUUGUAACAAUACUUACCUGAUUUACCUAUACGAAUAUUAUACGAGCCUGUAUAUAAUAUAAUAUUAUAAUUAUUAUUACAAUUAUUAUUAUUCUUAUACAAUAAUAUUAUAUACAGGUUACGACCGUGCAAUCGCAUCUCGAGCGCAUAAAUUAUGUAUUAUUAUUUUGUUUAGUUCAAUUUUAUUUUAUUCAAUUUUAUUAUAUAUUUUUUUUCGAUUAUUUAUUUUAUUUGUGUAUACAAAUUAUUGUUUGUUUAAUAUUUUAGAUUUUAAUUUAUUUUAUAGCGAUCGGAAAUCGUAGUAGUUAUCAUCACGUUAAUUCUAGACAAUUAUUUUUGGGCUAUUAAAUGUCGAAACAUUAAAGGAUUUUACCUAGUUAUUAUUUUAAUGAUUAUAAAUGGGUUCAGUAAAAUACAUUUUGUGCCAAACAUUGAAAAUAUUGGGCAGUUUAAAUGUGAUAUAUUUGAUAAAC